AUACUCGAACGGCUGAACGAGUGUAACAAGGGAAAAAUCUUAACGGACGAGGGCUAAACUACCAUAUUCAUGUUUUCAGAUUGAUUACCUCGUGUUCACGGAAAAUUUCGCAUAGAUUUAGGAGAUAUGUUCAGGCGAGUGGUGCGAGCGAGUAAGUUCCGUCAUGUCUUUGGCCAGGCAGUGAAGAACGACCAGUGCUAUGACGACAUCCGCGUCUCCCGGGUCACAUGGGACAGCUCCUUCUGUGCCGUCAACCCCAAAUUUGUCGCCAUCAUCAUCGAGGCCAGUGGGGGCGGAGCCUUCCUCGUCCUCCCUCUGCUUAAGUACCCAAGAGCUUGCUGCUGCUGCUGUCAGCAGAUUUGACCAUAUAUGGAAGUCCAGCACUUUGCAUGUCAGGCUGCCUACAGGACCAUUUCCUGUCUCUCUCCCGAUUGGCUGACGGAAAUGUGUGUUGCCUAGAGGAUUCUGGGACAUGGGUGUUAAAAAUGUAGGGGCAAACUCUACAUUCAAAUAUAUAAAGCAGAAUCACUUAUAUUGAAGAGUGUCAUAUUGAUGUUGUAAUCAAAUAUCGAUUUGCAUCAUUUGUUCAGGAAAACAUGUUUGAGUUUAAAGGGAUAGUUCACCCAAAUUACAAAAUGACAUUUAGUUUCCUUGCCCUGUUUAAACAGUCUAUGGACAAGGUAUGACAGGGGGGGUGAAAUAGUCUAACAUGCGCACUACUGCAGCGCACAACUCAAACAGCGCUGUGUUGCCUACUGUAGCUGCUGGCAAAGUAAUUCAAAGCCUAUACUUUAUCACUUUCCAGUGUUUCUAUUUUUGCCAUGUAAUGUUAUUAAAACUAAAUCAGACG